UAAAACUACAGUGCCUGGCCUUGAGCGGUCGGUAGCCUACUCAGUUUCUGCAGGGGUCUAGCACUGGAUUCCCCAUUGUUUUUGGAAGGUUGAAUGUAUGGUUCGGGGUUGUAACUGGGAACACACACUGAAAUACUAAGAGAAGCGUCCGCUCCCUUCCUCCCUUCUUUUUCUCCCCCAAAGGCCCUGCAUGUCUAAUCUUUAGACAUGUUCAGCUUUGUGGAUUCGAGGACUGUACUGCUACUUGUAGCAACCCAAGUCGUUCUAUUAGCCGUUGUCAAAUGUCAAGAGGAAGACGAUCAGGAUGCAUUUAGCUGUAUACAGGACGGGCAGAAGUACAGUGACAAGGACGUCUGGAAACCAGAGCCGUGUCGCAUCUGUGUGUGUGACACGGGCAGCGUCUUGUGUGACGGGAUUAUCUGCGAGGAACUAAAAGACUGCCCUAAUCCAGAGAUCCCAUUUGGAGAGUGUUGCCCCAUCUGCGCUGCCAACCAGGGCCCUCCCAGCGGAUCACCUGGAGCUAAGGGCCAGAAAGGUGAACCCGGAGAUAUUACUGAUGUGAUGGGGCCUCGCGGACCUGGAGGUCCUAUGGGCCCCCCAGGAGAGCAGGGAUCACGCGGAGCACGAGGAGACAAAGGCGAGAAGGGAGGUCCUGGCCCCCGCGGCAGAGAUGGCGAACCUGGUACCCCCGGAAACCCCGGCCCCCCUGGACCUCCAGGGCCAAACGGACCCCCUGGCCUUGGUGGAAACUUCGCUGCCCAGAUGGCUGGAGGCUUCGAUGAGAAGUCAGGAGGCGCUCAGAUGGGCGUGAUGCAAGGACCUAUGGGCCCCAUGGGUCCCCGAGGACCACCUGGCCCCUCUGGAGCUCCUGGCCCACAAGGUUUCCAAGGCAACCCCGGAGAGGCUGGAGAGCCCGGAGCGUCUGGCCCCACGGGACCUCGUGGACCUCCUGGACCUUCUGGAAAACCUGGAGAUGAUGGUGAGGCUGGUAAGCCUGGUAAAGGAGGAGAGCGUGGCCCCGCAGGCCCCCAGGGUGCGCGUGGAUUCCCAGGAACCCCUGGCCUGCCUGGCAUCAAGGGACACAGAGGCUAUCCUGGUCUGGAUGGAACCAAAGGAGAGGGAGGAGCAGUCGGAGCUAAGGGAGAGUCUGGUUCCCCUGGAGAGAAUGGCGCUCCCGGACCCAUGGGACCACGUGGUCUGCCUGGUGAGAGGGGUCGUCCCGGAGCGUCUGGAGCUGCUGGUGCUCGCGGAAAUGAUGGUUUGCCUGGCCCUGCUGGUCCCCCUGGCCCUGUUGGACCUGCUGGAGCUCCAGGCUUCCCUGGCUCUCCUGGUUCCAAGGGAGAAGCUGGCCCCACCGGAGCUCGCGGCCCCGAGGGAGCCCAGGGGCCCCGUGGAGAGUCAGGAACUCCUGGAUCACCUGGACCCUCUGGCGCCUCUGGAAACCCUGGUACUGAUGGAAUCAACGGAGCCAAAGGAUCUGCUGGCGCUCCUGGUAUCGCUGGUGCCCCUGGCUUCCCCGGACCCCGCGGCCCCCCCGGGCCUCAGGGAGCCACUGGACCCCUGGGACCAAAGGGAACGUCGGGUGACCCUGGUAUCCCAGGCUUCAAGGGAGAGGCUGGACCCAAGGGAGAGCUCGGGCCUGCUGGACUUCAAGGGCCCCUGGGCCCUGCAGGAGAGGAGGGAAAGAGAGGUCCCCGUGGAGAGCCUGGUGCUGCCGGACCCCUCGGACCCCCUGGAGAGAGAGGUGCGCCUGGUAACCGUGGUUUCCCAGGACAAGAUGGUCUGGCUGGUCCCAAGGGAGCCCCUGGCGAGCGUGGACCCGCAGGUGUGGGUGGUCCCAAGGGAGCCAACGGAGACCCAGGUCGCCCUGGAGAGCCUGGUCUGCCUGGUGCCAGAGGUCUCACUGGUCGCCCUGGUGAUGCUGGUCCUCAAGGCAAAGUUGGACCUUCUGGUGCUGCUGGUGAGGAUGGUCGCCCUGGACCCCCUGGCCCUAUGGGAGCUCGUGGACAGCCUGGAGUCAUGGGAUUCCCUGGACCCAAAGGAGCCAAUGGUGAGCCUGGUAAGGGAGGAGAGAAGGGUCUCCUGGGAGCUCCCGGUCUGAGGGGUCUUCCUGGUAAGGAUGGAGAGACAGGAGCUGCUGGACCUCCUGGCCCCGCCGGACCUGCUGGAGAGAGAGGGGAGCAGGGGCAGCCUGGACCUUCUGGAUUCCAGGGUCUGCCUGGACCUCCCGGCCCCCCAGGUGAGGGAGGCAAGCCCGGUGACCAGGGUGUUCCAGGAGAGGGAGGAGCAGCCGGUGCUACUGGACCCAGAGGUGAGCGAGGUUUCCCAGGAGAGAGAGGAGGUGCUGGGCCCCAGGGUCUACAGGGGCCUCGAGGUCUUCCUGGAACUCCUGGAACUGACGGACCCAAGGGAGCCAUUGGGCCUGGUGGGGCCCCCGGAGCCCAGGGACCCCCUGGUCUGCAGGGCAUGCCUGGAGAAAGAGGAGCCUCCGGCAUUCCUGGACCAAAGGGUGACAGAGGUGACAACGGUGAGAAAGGACCUGAGGGUGCCUCUGGCAAGGACGGUUCCAGAGGUUUGACUGGCCCCAUCGGACCCCCUGGUCCUGCUGGGCCCAACGGAGAGAAGGGAGAGUCAGGACCUGCCGGGCCUUCUGGUGCUGCUGGGGCCCGUGGAGCGCCUGGUGACAGAGGAGAGACUGGACCACCCGGGCCUGCUGGUUUUGCUGGUCCUCCUGGUUCAGAUGGCCAGCCUGGGGCCAAGGGAGAGCAGGGAGAGGGCGGCCAGAAGGGCGACGCUGGUGCCCCCGGACCCCAAGGACCCUCUGGUGCUCCAGGACCUUCGGGUCCAACUGGAGUUUCUGGACCUAAAGGCGCUCGUGGAGCCCAGGGACCUCCUGGUGCCAACUGGUUUCCCUGUGCUGCUGGCAGAGUCGGACCUCCAGGUCCUAAUGGUAACCCCGGUCCUUCUGGGCCCGCUGGUCCCGGUAAAGAUGGUCCCAAGGGCGUCCGAGGGAUGGCUGGUCCCCCAGGCCGACAGGGAGACGCUGGGCUGCGUGGAGCCGCUGGCACCCCCGGAGAGAAGGGAGAUUCUGGAGAGGACGGCCCCCCUGGUCCCGACGGCCCCUCAGGACCUUCUGGUCUGGCUGGACAGCGUGGUAUUGUUGGCCUUCCUGGUCAACGUGGAGAAAGAGGCUUCCCUGGUCUUCCAGGACCCUCUGGUGAGCCUGGUAAACAGGGAUCUCCUGGUGGUAGCGGAGACCGUGGACCCCCUGGCCCAGUUGGACCCCCUGGGCUGACUGGACCUUCUGGAGAGCCUGGCAGAGAGGGCAAUGCUGGAUCUGAUGGUCCUCCUGGCAGAGAUGGCGCCACUGGUAUCAAGGGUGACCGUGGUAACACAGGCCCUGCUGGAGCCCCUGGUGCACCUGGGGCCCCUGGAGCCUCCGGCCCCGUCGGUCCCACCGGCAAGCAGGGAGACAGAGGAGAGGCGGGAGCCCAAGGACCAGCUGGACCAGCAGGACCAGCAGGAGCCAGAGGAAUGGCUGGACCCCAAGGACCUCGCGGUGACAAGGGAGAGGCUGGUGAGGGUGGAGAGAGGGGACAGAAGGGACACAGAGGCUUCACCGGUCUGCAGGGUCUCCCUGGACCUCCCGGUCAAGCUGGAGACCAGGGUGCAUCUGGACCUGCUGGACCCUCUGGAGCCAGAGGACCCCCUGGACCUAUUGGACCCGGUGGAAAGGACGGUUCCAACGGUCUUCCUGGACCCAUCGGACCCCCCGGACCCCGUGGUCGCUCUGGAGAGACCGGUCCCUCCGGUCCCCCUGGUAACUCUGGCCCCCCCGGUCCUCCCGGGCCCCCCGGCCCAGGCAUCGACAUGUCCGCCUUCGCUGGCCUGUCUCAGCUUGAGAAGUCCCCUGACCCCCUGAGGUACAUGCGUGCCGACCAGGCCUCCAGUAACCUGCGCCAACACGACGUUGAGGUGGACGCCACCCUCAAGUCUCUCAACAACCAGAUCGAGAACAUCCGCAGCCCCGAGGGCUCCAAGAAGAACCCCGCCAGGACCUGCAGAGACCUGAAGCUCUGCCACCCCGACUGGAAGAGCGGAGAGUACUGGAUCGACCCCAACCAGGGCUGCACCAUCGACGCCAUCAAGGUCUACUGUAACAUGGAGACUGGCGAGUCCUGCGUCCACCCCAAGCCUGCCAGCAUCCCACGCAAGAACUGGUGGUCCAGCAAGACCAAGGAGCGCAAACACAUCUGGUUCGGAGAGACCAUGAACGGAGGGUUCCACUUCAGCUACGGCGACGACAGCCUGGCUCCCAACACCGCCGCUAUCCAGAUGACCUUCCUGAGGCUGCUGUCCACAGAGGCCGCCCAGAACCUCACCUACCACUGCCGCAACAGCGUGGCCUACAUGGACGCGUCCGCGGGAAACCUGAAGAAGGCUUUGCUGCUGCAGGGCUCCAACGACGUGGAGAUCCGAGCCGAGGGCAACAGCCGCUUCACCUACAGCGUCAUGGAGGACGGAUGCACGAAACACACAGGACAGUGGGGCAAGACAGUCAUCGAGUACAAGUCACAGAAGACCUCUCGUCUGCCCAUUGUGGACAUUGCCCCCAUGGACAUCGGUGGAGCAGACCAGGAGUUCGGAGUCGACGUUGGCGCAGUCUGUUUCUUGUAAAGAUAGAGGGAUGGAAAAAAGAGAAGCGUGAAUAGAACAAAAAAAAAAACAGAAAA